CCGCAACUACUCAAUAACUCUCUCUCUCUCUCUCUCUCUCUCUCUCCUCUCUGUUAUCUCUCUCUUCACACUCUAUAGUCUAUUCCACCCAUUUCUCCAAGUAAAUAUCCUCCGAGAAUCGCACAAAAUUCGUCCUUGCUGCGUUUUCGGUUGAUUUAGUUUCUGAAUCGAUAGCAUACGUCUUUACCAACAAGCCCCUUUCUCUUUUUGAUUAAAGAGGUUCUUCACUCUGUGUGGAACUUUAAUCUCCUUUGAAUCCCACCUUUUAACGUUUCUUUUCCCUUCAUAUUUUUUCCUGAGCCCCCGUGCCACCCCAUCCCUUCGAUUUCUCUGCGUUUGAAGCUUCUCUUUGACUGCUCCCUUUACCUUUCUUCCCUCACUUAUUUAUUCUCCCCCGUGUCCAGGCAUCUCAAAGCAAUCUUCAACUUUACUCUCCUACAAAACACCCCCUUUCUCUCUCUCUCAUACCACUUUUUAUGUUUUUCCAAUGCUAAUAGACCAUAGUGACAACCACAGCAACAAAUUGACAACCAUGGAUGAAAGCAUGAGCAUGCUAUUUCCAGUCAAAUUCACUGAGCACAAGAGCCUCACAAAAAAGCUCACAAAGCCACCGAAAAGACCGGAGAAUCACUCCGGCACGCCCAGAGUCGUGCGGAUAUCGGUAACCGACCCGGACGCGACCGACUCGUCCAGCGACGAGGAGGACGUGCUCUUCGGCCGCCAACGAGUGAAGAAGUAUGUCAACGAAGUCCGCAUCGAAACGGCCUGCAAUAAGAGCAGUUUCGGUACCGUUCCCAAUGGCAGGAAGAAGGCGGCGGGAACCGGAGAGGCGCUGGGUACAAACCGGAGGGGAAUGAAGGCGGUGGCUGGAGCUGGGGGCAGCGGUAAGAAGUACCGCGGAGUGCGGCAGCGGCCGUGGGGGAAAUGGGCGGCGGAGAUUAGGGACCCGGCCAGGCGCGUCCGGCUGUGGUUGGGCACUUUCGAUACCGCGGAGGAGGCCGCCGUGGUGUACGACAACGCCGCCAUUAAGCUGCGGGGGCCGGACGCUCUGACGAACUUCGUCACGCCUCCGCCGCCACCGUCCAAUGACGUGACUCCGGUAGGGAGUGACGUCAACGUGACGUCGGUUUCCGGGUACGAGUCCGGCGACGAGUCUCGCAUCCUCUCUUCGCCCACUUCCGUUUUGCAGUUCAGGACGACUCAUUCCAACGAAGUUAAUGAAUGUAAACCGGCUCUGCCAGAACCCGUUCAGAAACCCAUGUCCGGUUCAUCCGGUCCAGGCACAGUUCAAGGAUUUGAAGAGAGAGAAGACGAAACGUGUUUACCCAGCGAAAGUGAUUAUCUGCCGAUGGAUUUACAAUUCGUGGACGAUUUUUUCAACUUCCAGACGCCCGACCCGAUUCUAUUCGACGAGUCUCCGGCUCUGCCCAGCACCAUCCUGAGUGAGGAUUACAGCGAUAUGUUUGUGGACUCGGGUUACGAAUUCGGAUCCUCAUCGUCGAUUUGGCAAGUGGACGAUUAUUUUGAAGACCUCGGCGGCGAUUUCUUCGCCUCAGACCCUUUAAUGGCGCUAUGACUUAUUUUUUGCCUGCUUGAGUUGAGCCAAACGCCGUCGGCUUGUCGAGUUUUUCCGGCAAAUUUUGUACCGGCGGCGACUAUAAACGGGCUUGUUUGAAGUCUUUCCGUUUAAAGUUAACGGAGAUUGAGUGGGAGUUGUGUAGGAUUUUUAUUUAUUUUUAUUAUUAUAAUAAAAUGGCUUUUGUAGUAGUGGUUUUAUGGACUUUUAUGGAAUGAUUGUAUUAAUUUAUUUC